CCACUUUUCCUUUUCUUCUAUGUUGCCUAUGUCCUCUCUAUUUUUGUCUCCGAUUCGAUUCUAUUAGUAGGAGAAAAUCAGAAAAGAAAAAAAGCCACCCAAAAAAUAUAUACUGGCAUUGCAUUUCAGACCCCUUUACUUUUGAAUUAUCAAUUUUACCCUUAUUGAAAUCUCAACUCCUCUUGCAAGCAGGCACUCUCCUUUUGUACAGGGGUGCUGCUUUGGAGAUCUGAUCCAAAAUUCAUGCACUGAUAGAGAGUGAUUUUUCCAUUUUUUUACGAGAUGGGUAUUCUGUUUACAAAAUUGUUCUCUUCUCUAUUGGGAAACAAGGAGGCUCGGAUCCUUGUUCUCGGUCUUGACAAUGCUGGCAAAACCACUAUUCUUUAUCGGCUUCAAAUGGGUGAAGUUGUCUCCACAAUUCCAACAAUUGGAUUUAAUGUCGAAACAGUACAGUACAAUAACAUCAAAUUUCAAGUUUGGGAUUUAGGCGGACAGACAAGUAUCAGACCAUAUUGGAGAUGCUACUUUCCAAAUACUCAGGCCAUAAUAUAUGUUGUUGAUUCAAGUGACACAGAUAGGCUGGUGAUAGCUAAAGAAGAAUUUCAUGCAAUCUUGGAGGAGGAGGAGCUAAGAGGAGCAGUAGUUCUUAUUUUUGCAAAUAAGCAGGAUCUUCCAGGUGCACUUGAUGCUGCUGCAGUGACAGAGGCUUUGGAGUUGCACAAGUUAAAAAGCCGCCAAUGGGCUAUUUUUAAAACAUCGGCAAUUAAAGGGGAAGGUCUAUUUGAAGGUUUGGACUGGUUGAGUAAUACACUUAAAUCCGGAAGUGGCUAAUCCUUAGGUCUGAAGAAUUAGAAGCUUGCAUCUAUGUGGGUCAGGCUGGAGCCAGGAACGAUGUUUGCUUCUUAUAAUCUAUUAGAAAUUUGAGUCAUCAGCGAAGGUGUGUCAAUUUACUGCAUUGAUUUUUGUUUUUAAUUUUUCUUUCUCGAGAAAGCUUCUAGUAUACAUGUAAAAUAUUUUGUUAAAGAUUAACCAUUUUAUUCUUAAAUUGUUUCUACAUUUUGUA